CUAGAUGAGGAAGAGGAAAGGAGGAAAAGACGCAGAGAGAAGAACAAAGUGGCAGCUGCUCGAUGUCGGAACAAGAAGAAAGAGAGAACUGAAUUCCUGCAGCGGGAAUCUGAGCGCCUGGAACUCAUGAAUGCUGAGCUGAAGGCACAGAUAGAAGAGCUAAAGCAGGAGAGGCAGCAGCUGAUUUUGAUGCUGAAUCGCCACCGUCCCACCUGCAUUGUUCGGACAGAUAGUGUGAAAACACCAGAGAAUGAAGCCAAUCCAUUGCUGGAACAGCUUGAGAAGAAAUGAAAUAAAACACAUGGUGGGCAAGGCGUUGCACAAACAGGGUCUCUGAGAGUCUCUCAUCUAAUUACUGUAUGACAAACUGUGCACUGUCAAGAUUAGUGCAGUCAGGACUAAGGAGCUUCCUUAAGGAUUGCACAUUCCAGAUAAAGGAAGAGAAGGAUCAAUGGAACACUGAAGUGGGAAGCUUCCUUUGCCACUAAGAGGUCAGCUUGAGUGGAUAUGGUGGCCAUUGUGAAGGCUUUGCUGGUUGUCCUUGCAGUACUUCAACUUGUGGAAAAUCUUUAAGCAGUCCAUUACAGGCCUGCAUUCCAAGCCUGGACACUGGGAGGGUAGCAUCAUGGUUCUUGCUACUCCUCUUCUCACAGCGAAUGGUUGAGAGUUAGUAGGGAUUAAGUGGAAGCCAUCAACAGGCAAAACUGGGCAGACAAUAGUUCUUGUAUCCUCCCCAUUUAGGACCUGUCAUGUGCUAUCUCCUUCCUUCCUUCCU